CAGGAGGCCAAAGAAGUUUGCCACAUGUACUUUAUGAAGCUACGCUCAGGCCUUACCAUAGAAAAGAAGGCCUGUUACGUCAGGGAAAAAACCACCAAAAGGUCUUCACUAAAAACAGGUAAGGAGAACUAUACAGAAUCUGCUGCUUCCCUGAGCACAUACAACGAUCAGUCCAUUACUUUUGUUUUGGGAAAUGAAGGUUAUGAGAUACAUGUUGAUGACUUGGGAAAAGACCAUGAGAAAGAAAAGGUGUUACUGCGUUACUACGAGUCUCAAUACCCUUCAAGUGAAUCAGGUGAUGGUGUUGAUGGUUUUAAGUUAAUGGUAAACCUGAGUCCUACAAAAGACAUCUGGCUGCAGGCUAACAAUGAGGAGCACUCUGUGGAGCUCCAAAAGUACGAAAAACUGUUGCCAGACCAGGCCUUCUUUGUCCUUCAUAAGAAGCCCAUGAAAUGUGUUUCAUUUGAAUGUAAGAGCAAUCCUGGAACAUUUAUAGGUAUAAAGGAUAAUCAGCUUGCUCUAAUUAAAGUAGACUAUCCUGAGAAUUUGUGUAGUGAGAAUAUCAUGUUUAAGCUCUCUGAAACAAUGUGA